CGCGCAGGGCGCGGGCCGCGCGGGGUGGGGCAGCCGGAGCGCAGGCCCCCGAGCCCCGGCGGGCGCCCCCGGGCCCCCGCGCGCGCCCCGGCCUCCGGGAGACUGGCGCAUGCCACGGAGCGCCCCUCGGGCCGCCGUCGCUCCUGCCCGGGCCCCUGCUGUUGCUGCUGUCGCCUGCGCCUGCUGCCCCAACUCGGUACCCGACUUCUUCAUGGUGUGCGGAGGUCAUGUUCGCUCCUUAGCCGGCAAACGACUUUUCUCCUUGCCUCCUCGCCCCGCAUGUUCAGGACCAAACGAUCUGCGCUCGUCCGGCGUCUCUGGAGGAGCCGUGCGCCCGGCGGCGAGGACGAGGAGGAAGGCGCGGGGGGAGGCGGAGGCGAGCUGCGGGGAGAAGGGGCGACGGACGGCCGGGCGCAUGGGGUUGGUGGCGGCGGCGUGGGCAGGGCUGGCUGCUGCCUGGGCAAGGCGGUCCGAGGUGCCAAAGGUCACCACCAUCCCCACCCCCCAGCCGCGGGAGCCGGCGCGGCCGGGGGCGCCGAGGCGGAUCUGAAGGCGCUCACGCACUCGGUGCUCAAGAAACUGAAGGAGCGGCAGCUGGAGCUGCUGCUCCAGGCCGUGGAGUCCCGCGGCGGUACGCGCACCGCGUGCCUCCUGCUGCCCGGCCGCCUGGACUGCAGGCUGGGCCCGGGGGCGCCCGCCAGCGCGCAGCCCGCGCAGCCGCCCUCAUCCUACUCGCUCCCCCUCCUGCUGUGCAAAGUGUUCAGGUGGCCGGAUCUCAGGCAUUCCUCGGAAGUCAAGAGGCUGUGUUGCUGUGAAUCUUACGGGAAGAUCAACCCCGAGCUGGUGUGCUGCAACCCCCAUCACCUUAGCCGACUCUGCGAACUAGAGUCUCCCCCCCCUCCUUACUCCAGAUACCCGAUGGAUUUUCUCAAACCAACUGCAGACUGUCCAGAUGCUGUGCCUUCCUCUGCGGAGACAGGGGGAACGAAUUAUCUGGCCCCUGGGGGGCUUUCAGAUUCCCAACUUCUUCUGGAGCCUGGGGAUCGGUCACACUGGUGCGUGGUGGCAUACUGGGAGGAGAAGACGAGAGUGGGGAGGCUCUACUGUGUCCAGGAGCCCUCCCUGGACAUCUUCUAUGAUCUACCUCAGGGGAAUGGCUUUUGCCUCGGACAGCUCAAUUCGGACAACAAGAGUCAGCUGGUGCAGAAAGUACGGAGCAAAAUCGGCUGUGGCAUCCAGCUGACUCGGGAAGUGGAUGGCGUGUGGGUGUACAACCGCAGCAGUUACCCCAUCUUCAUCAAGUCCGCCACACUGGACAACCCGGACUCCAGGACGCUGUUGGUGCACAAGGUGUUCCCCGGUUUCUCCAUCAAGGCUUUCGACUAUGAGAAGGCCUACAGCCUGCAGCGGCCCAACGAUCAUGAAUUCAUGCAGCAGCCGUGGACGGGUUUCACAGUGCAGAUCAGCUUCGUGAAGGGCUGGGGCCAGUGCUACACCCGCCAGUUUAUCAGCAGCUGCCCGUGCUGGCUAGAGGUCAUCUUCAAUAGCCGAUAGCACGUGGGGACUGCACGGACCGUGGGAGAGGACAGAAUGGAGCGUGAGCCGAGCAGGCCACCAUUCAAACUACUUUGCUGCUAAUAUUUUCCUCCUGAGUGCUUGCUUUUCAUGCAGACUCUUUGGUCGGUUUUUUGUUGUUGUGUCUUUUUUUUUUCUUCCUUGUUGUUCUUGUGUGUGUUGUGUUUUGUUCUUUGAGAAAUAGCUUAUGAAAAGACUUUUUUUUUUUUUUUAUUGGGAGGGGCAGGUGUGGUUGGCAGGACACCUCGAAAGGAAAAGGGGAAGCAAGAGCCAGCCCCCCACCCCGCAAGCUCAGUACGUGAAGGGGGGGCACUCCCUCCACUUGUGGGUCAGCAUUUCACUUGUCAGGAGUGUAUGUGCUAGUGUGUCUGAAAAUGUGUGCACACAUGUGUGCGUGAAUAACAGAUGGGGAAAUGGCUUGCUCUUUGUGUUCCUUACGAUGUCCCCAGCUGAGAGGCCUGCAGUUCCCAGCUGUGUGUUUCUCGGUCCUUUGGACAUGCUCAGUGGGGCAGAGGCAGUACCUGAGCAGGCCGGCGGCUGGUGUCUCAGCAGCUGCCAGAGCAAGGCUCUGCCCAGCCUGCCCCCCCCCCAACUCCUUCCCCCUCUCCCCACCCCCACCUUAGGACACAGGCCUAUCCACAGGCUUCUGAGAAACUGAGCCUGCUAGAGGCUGAACCAGAACCAAUUGUUCUCAUCCCUGUCUUACUUCCCCCUGCCACCCCGCUGCCAUUGUGUGUGUCUUUUUUUGGCCAUCUGCUCCUGGAUCUCUGAGAUGGGCUUCCUGAGGGCUGCCGGGGCGGCCCAGUCACAGUAUUGCUCACCCAGUGCCCUCUCAGGCCCUUCAGCCUGUCCCCUGCCCUGUUACAUCAGGUUUCUUCUCCCAGACUUUGAAAGCCAGCUCAGCACUUUUGUCCCCUCCCCAGCCUGUGUGUUGAGCUCUGCCGUUAGACCAGCGAGGGGCAUCGGGGAAGGGACCUGCUCAAUGGCCCCCUCCCACACAGAAGGGUUUGGUCCACCAUAACCCAAGGUACCAUCCUAGGCUGAUGCCCAGCUCCUCUUACUUCUACAACUCAUACACUCGUAUGAUACUCGGACACUGUUCUUGGCUCAAUGAGCAUGUUUAAACUUUAACAUAAGCUAUUUUUCUAACUACAAAGGUUUAAAUGAACAAGAGAAAAGCAUUCUCAUUGGAAAUUUAGCAUUGUAGUGCUUUGAGAGAGAAAGGACUCCUGAAAAAAUCCUGAGAUUUAUUAAAGAAAAAAAUGUAUUUUAUGUUAUAUAUAAAUAUAUUAUUACUUGUAAAUAGAAAGACGUUUUAUAAGCAUCAUUAUUUAUGUAUUGUGCAAUGUGUAUAAACAAAAAAAGAAAAGAUGCACUUUGCUUUAAUAUAAAUGCAAAUAACAAAUGCCAAAUUAAAAAAGAUAAACACAAGAUUGGUGUUUUUUCUAUAGGUGUUAUCACCUAGCUGAAUGUUUUUCUAAAUUGUUUAUGUUCCAUUAAACAAUUUUUAAAAUGUAUACUUGA